GUCAGUUUGGCCUGAGUACAUUUCGGUGUGGUGAUGCGGCUGCGCAGAAGGCGCCCAGACACAGCCAAGGCUGCUCUGGAAUGCGCAGCGACUGAUCCUCAGCUUGCCCUCGUUGCUGGUCAACACUGCGGCAGGGCUUUCUGAACUCACCUCCCUCCUAGGUCUUGUUCGUUCACGUCUCGGUCCGCGUUGGUCGCUGGUGCUACCACUCUUCGUUCGGACAGCUGGCCUGCCACAAUUCCCUUCGUUCACGCUCUGACUGAACUUGGUCAGGCUGGUCCUGGCGUACCGGAGAAGAGAGUCACAUAUUCCUUCACAUGUCUGUUGCAGAGACUGUAAAUGGGCAGGUCAGCAUCCAGGACCCUCGCAAUCCGGUUGUCCAGGAGGUCUUCAACCAUCCCGACUACCGAGUUGUCGCUGCGUUCUUGCUCGGAUGGGUCCUUGUCAGUAGCGCGUAUUGCGCCCUUAGCUCAAGACUGAUUCGGGAGCUCGCACGUCGAGGUGUUCGACUAUGCAUGAGCAAGCGGGCGAAGAAACCCGUCAAGGACAUCGAAGCCGCAGCGAGCACGGAGGACGAGAGCGAGAAGGGUUCCGCGACCCCCGCUGCUACUCAGCAAGAAGUUGACGAUAACGCUUCUUUGUUCAUCCUGAAUUUAUGUUUUGCUGUAGCCGCACUGGCGAGCUUCUGCUCCCUCUUGAAUCUAGGUGGCCAGAGGGGAAACUCCAUAGGUUGCACCGUCGUUAUUGCUUGGAGCAGCAUGGCUUCGCAGUCCGUGCGUAUUGUCGGACUGUUGAUGUUGACCUGGAGACUGCGACAUUUCGGGAUGAAACGACUAGAGACGUAUGCUCUCUGGUUUGGUCUGUUGACUGUACUAGGCCUUGUAUUUGCCGUGAAUGCUACAGGAACCGGCGCUGUUAGCCUGGUUGGGCCAUCCGGCAUCGCAGUAUGCUAUAGGCAAUACUUCUGGCCCGUGGCAAUCUCGCUGUCCGGCGUCCUCAUGUUCCUCGAACUUUACGUCGCAGCGCGACUGUAUGUCCUAGGGACACCACGUUCUCCCGCCGGGAAGGGUAGGUUGCGUAGGGUCUUCAGCGCAGAGGUGGCAAGACCGAUGAGUCUAUUUGUCCUGGACGUAGCCACGGUCGUUCAGGCCGCUAUGUGGGUGGACUCACUCGCUCAGUUCAUCCCAUUUAGCUUGGCUGCUUUGCUUGUCAUCGGAGUCUUCAAUUACGCCGGAGGGACCCGCGAAGGAGUGCCCCGUCUCGACGGUCCCCGCAGGAUCAGUGUGCUGACUGAUGACUGGAGGUUCUCCGUGCAGCGGCCCACCUCCCUCCUGGAGCCCAGCCCCUUCCUAUUGCACUUCAUGGAGCAACCAAUGUCCCCCGAUUCGCACGCGAACACUCUUCCUGUGCGGCCUCGCUCUACUCGAGGACAGAUAGAUGGACAGGAUGGCGACCUGAUCUUGCACAUUAGUGCUACUGGCCAGGAAGACCAGUACGCGACUGACGUGGAACUCCCGCGCAGUGCUCCUGCCAACAUAACUGAAACACCGAAGGGACCGCUUUCUGGACCGCGUCAUAUUCUCCCCUUCCAGGUGCAGUACGUUGAACGACUGGAACGGGAGGCUGCCGCCAUCACUACUGGGCCUGUCCCACCACGUCGUGACCGUCCGCAGAUCUUCGUUGUUAUCGAUGAGGACGAUCAAGGGAUGUCUCCAGCGACCCACCGCGCCAGUAUCAUCGGUUCAGACAUCAUACGGAUGACUCCGACUACCCCUCGGAAGAAGCGCAAGCUGUCUUUGUUGUGGUCGCCAGAGUCGUCGGUGCCUUCCGCUUUCCCCUACACAUCGCCCCGCGACUCUCGCUCAACAACUCGCACCCAAGUCACAGCCUAUUCGUCGUAUCCGCAUGUAGAGCGCUCGCCUACAGUCCACUCGGAACACGCAGAACAGCACCUCAGUCGCCAAGACAGCUAUCUCUCUCCUGAAGAGCCGUCUCGGCGGUUCUCUUGGAGGACUGCAUCCCGCCACCAGUCGGUGACCUCGUCGCGGACCGCGACGCGCGACGAAUUGCCCACGGUCAUGGAGGGCUCCUCGACGAUCCGUACCUCAUCUGCGCCAUCGCGAAACUCCAGUCGUGUGCAGAGUCGGAGGCUCACCUUCGGCCAACUGGUCAAGCCUCCGCCUCGCAGAGCAAUAAGCAGUGCCGCUCGAGACACUGCUGCGCUGCCCGCGUUACCCCGCCUCCCAUCUUCUCAGUCUUUGUGCGAGGCCAUCUCGCCACUCCUCUCACCAGAAGUCCCUCCCGUGCCUCCGAUGCCCAGCCCCUUGACGAGCCCAGGUACCGGAGUCGGGCUCCUGGAGGCUGGUGGUGUUGGAACGAAGAAUGUCAGGGGGCCUCGGCCGCCCCCACUUGCCACAACCUCCCCAGCUACCAGUCCGCACGUUGCACAGGUAGGGAGCAGCAAGGGUGCGUCGUAGGGGCACGAUGCUGCCUAUUUCGUCCGUGUAGUGAGGUUACCACCUUCCCUACUGUAAUACUUGCCUGGUGCAAUGUAAUGCUGUACUUCGUACUUAAUCGAGAAUAGCUGGCGCAAGCCUAGUGGGCUCUAUGCUUCUGUGCAAA